AUGGGCCUCUUGGAAGCUCUUUCACUACUUCUGCUGGCUCGUUCACACGAAAAACGCAUAGAGUCAUGUGGAGAGCGUGGAAGCAACGAAGAGAACCGCCGUGCAGGAUGCACACCUGCCGCCAUGGGUAGUAACCCUAACAGAAGUUGUGAAAUCAGCGCUCAGCUUCCAUCAGACACAUGA